GCCCACCAAACUCGCUGCGCUCCGAUCACUGCUGCAACUUUUGCAGAGACUCCUCACUCCACAGACAUGUCGCACAAUAGCUGAAGUAAACCUGUCAUCGCGGCUUUCCAUUCGGGCCAAAUUACGCCGCAGGUGAGGAUCUACGGACGCGCAGCCCGGUCGCUCCUUGGCCGCUUUCCUCGCAUCGGACCCCGGCUUUUUUUUUUCUUUCUUUUUUUUUUUUUUCCUUUAAACCGGCCUGGAUAUGAAUUAUGAGCAUUUUCUCCACUAAUGAACCGGGCCAGUGAUGCAGGAGACCGCGGCGACCCUCUCAUCAGUGUUUCAAGAUGGCAGAUUUUUAUUGAGUUUUGAUCAGAAAGCUCGCUUUAUUCUUUGCCAUGAAUAACAGGAAUCCUUGCACCGAUGGCCCCUGUAUACGAAGGUAUGGCCUCGCAAGUGCAAGUGUUCUCCCCUCACACUCUCCAGUCAAGUGCCUUCUUUAGCGUAAAGAAACUGAAGGUGGAGCAGAGCUGUAACUGGGAUAUGACAGGGUACGGCACGCAUAGCAAAGUCUACAACAGCAGCAAGAACGUGUCGGCCACUGGUGGCGCUCCUCUAGGCCUCAGCGGCUCCGCCCUGCCCUACGAGCAGACCCUGAUCUUCCCGGCCAGCGCCGGCCACAUCGUGGUCGCCUCGGCCAGCAGCACUUCGGGGGCCGUCGGCUCUCUGCUGGGCAGCAGCGGUGGAGACAGCGGCGGCGGUAGCGGCGGCGGCGGAGUCCACAACCUGACGCGGCGCAGCACAGUGAGCCUCCUGGACACCUACCAGCGAUGCGGGCUUAAGCGCAAGAGUGAAGAGCUCGACAACAACAGCAGCGUGCAGAUCAUUGAGGAGCACGGCCCACCUAUGAUCCAGAACGGUGGAACCAGCGGAGCCACAGCGGCCACCGCCACGUCCACGGCGACGUCCAAGAACAGCGGCUCCAACAAUGAGGGGGACUACCAGCUGGUGCAACACGAGGUGCUCUGCUCCAUGACCAACACCUACGAAGUCUUGGAGUUUUUGGGGAGGGGAACGUUUGGCCAGGUGGUCAAGUGUUGGAAGAGGGGAACCAAUGAGAUAGUGGCCAUCAAGAUCCUAAAAAACCACCCAUCGUACGCGCGGCAGGGUCAGAUCGAGGUCAGCAUCCUGGCGCGCCUCAGCACAGAGAGCGCAGACGACUACAACUUUGUGAGAGCCUACGAGUGCUUCCAGCACAAGAACCACACGUGCCUGGUGUUUGAGAUGUUGGAGCAGAACCUGUAUGACUUCCUCAAGCAGAACAAGUUCAGCCCGCUGCCGCUCAAGUACAUCAGACCGGUGCUGCAGCAGGUCGCCACGGCGCUGAUGAAGCUGAAGAGCCUGGGGCUGAUCCACGCCGACCUGAAGCCGGAGAACAUCAUGCUGGUGGAUCCUUCGCGUCAGCCCUACAGGGUCAAGGUCAUUGACUUUGGUUCAGCCAGCCACGUGUCCAAGGCAGUGUGUUCCACCUACCUGCAGAGCAGAUACUACAGGGCUCCAGAGAUCAUCCUGGGCCUGCCGUUCUGUGAGGCCAUAGACAUGUGGUCGCUGGGUUGUGUAAUAGCUGAGCUGUUUCUGGGAUGGCCUCUCUACCCCGGAGCCUCUGAGUAUGACCAGAUUCGGUACAUCUCACAGACGCAGGGUCUUCCGGCAGAGUAUCUGUUGAGUGCAGGGACGAAGACCACCAGGUUCUUCAACAGAGAUCCAGAUUCUGCCUAUCCCCUCUGGAGACUGAAGACUCCGGAAGACCAUGAGGCUGAGACGGGGAUCAAGUCCAAGGAGGCUCGCAAGUAUAUCUUCAACUGCUUGGAUGAUAUGGCACAGGUGAACAUGACAUCAGACCUGGAAGGGAGCGACAUGCUGGCGGAAAAGGCAGAUCGGAGGGAGUUCAUCGACCUGUUGACCAAGAUGCUGACUAUCGACGCUGACAAGAGGAUCACCCCCAUCGAAACACUCAACCACCCCUUCGUUACCAUGUCGCAUCUCCUCGAUUACCCUCACAGCACCCACGUAAAGUCAUGCUUCCAAAACAUGGAGAUCUGCAAGCGUCGCGUCAACAUGUACGACACAGUCAACCAGAGCAAAACGCCCUUCAUCACCCAUGUGGCCCCCAGUACCUCCACCAACCUCACCAUGACCUUCAACAACCAGCUGAACACUGUGCACAGCCAGGCCACCAACCUGGCUCCCUCCUCCACCAACAAUGCCACCCUUUCCUUUGCCAGUCCUGAGGUCUCCAUACUAAACUACCAAUCUGCACUCUACCAGCCCUCUGCCGCCUCCAUGGCGGCUGUGGCCCAGAGGAGCAUGCCGCUGCAGCCGGGGGCGCCGCAGCUCUGCGCCGCUCGGCCCGACCCCUUCCAGCAGGCGCUCAUCGUCUGCCCGCCGGGAUUCCAAGGUUUGCAGGCAUCCCCUUCCAAGCACACCAGUUACUCUGUGAGGAUGGAGAACGCGGUUCCCAUAGUGACGCAGGCUCCCGGUGCCCAACCUCUGCAGAUCCAACCUGGCCUCCUCACACAGCAGGCCUGGCCCAGCGGCACCCAGCAGAUCCUGCUGCCUCCAGCAUGGCAGCAGCUCACCCACACCUCCGUCCAGCACGCCACCGUCAUCCCAGACUCCAUGGGCAGCACACAGACUCUCGCCAACUGGAGGAAUUCCCAUCCUCAUGGGAGCCAUUAUAAUCCCAUCAUGCAGCAGCCAGCCUUGCUGACUGGUCAUGUCACACUCCCAUCAAACCAGACUCUGAAUGUGGGCGUGGCUCAUGUCAUGAGGCAGUCAACCACCAAUAACAACUCCUCUUCCAAAAAGACCAAACAGCACCAGAUGUCGACCAGGAACGUGUCGACCUAUGAGGUGUCAUCCUCCCAGAUGGUGCUGUCGCCGCAGCGAUCCAAGCGGGUGAAGGAGAACACGCCCCCUCGCUGUGCCGUGCUACAGAACGGGUCGGCGUCCCACUGCCCCCCGGCGCAGGGCUGCGGCGGAGGAGGGUGGGGCGCCAACGUAGCAGAACAGGCUUCAAGCACCACCCGCGACCAUCAGCACCAGCACCAUGUCCCCAGACAGACCAUCAUCAUCCCCGACACGCCCAGCCCCGCCGUCAGCAUCAUCACCAUCAGCAGCGACUCAGAGGACGACGACCAGAAGCAGAACAACGGCUCGUCUUCCAAGCACAGAAAGAACGUCAUCAGUUGUGUGACGGUCCAUGAUUCCCCAGAGUCAGACUGCUCCAGCCACAACAGCCCCUACAGCCUGGAGUCGAGACCCCACAACCACAACAACAACAACAGCUACGACACGAAAACCACCAUCCUGGACAACUACAACAAUGGGAACCCUCGCACAAUCAUCAUCCCUCCGCUCAAGACGCAGAACACGGAGGUGCCCAGUGAAUGUGAGCGGCUGAUGCCAGAUGGACUGAAUCAUCAGAAUAUAGCUUACAAGUUUAAAUCCUCCAAUGGAGUGACAACGGGCAAUAAUCACAUACCAGGAGGCGUGGCCGGGGGCGUGGCCUAUCGACAGCAGCGCUCAGGACCACACCCACUUCAGCAGCAGCCACUCAAUCUCAGCCAGGCUCAGCAGCACAUGGUGGCUGAGCGAAAUGCAGGGCACCGCCGGCAGCAGGCCUACAUCACCCCCAACAUCGCCGCUCAAGCCCCAUAUUCCUUCCAUCACAACAGCCCCUCCCACACGGGCGGCGUCCACCCGCACCUGGCCGCCACCCACCUGCCCAGCCAGCCCCACCUGUACACCUACACGGCCCCCGCCGCCCUGGGCUCCACCGGCACCGUGGCCCACCUGGUGGCGUCGCAGGGCUCGGCUCGCCACGCCGUCCAGCACGGGAGCUACCCCCCCAGCAUCGUCCACCAGGUCCCGGUCAGCGUGAGCCACCGCGUGCUGCCGUCGCCCACAAUGCACCACAGCCAGUACCAGGCCCAGUUCGCCCACCAGGCCUACAUCAGCGCCUCCCCCGCCUCCACUGUCUACACUGGAUACCCACUGAGUCCCACCAAGGUCAACCAGUAUCCUUACCUCUAGAGACGAGCCGGACCGACACUGAAGGGGCCCGACCCCCGACCCAGCGAUGCUGCUUCCCGCACUGCAAAAACACAAAACCUCACCAAGAAUUUUUAGUCUAGUUUCUGGUGCAAAUAUAUAGUACCGCUGAAAUAAUACAAAACUUACAAGUAACUUUUAGGAGCUUGUUCUGUAAUUAGUUAAUAUUAUUGAUGGGAGAUUAUUGGUAGGUAGAGUCUCCAAGUACUCAAGUAAGAGUAGCACCACUUUUACUUUUUAUUCAAGUAAAAGUAAAAAGUGGUUAAGAAAUUACUCAAGUAAGAGUUAAAAAGUAUUUGGUAAUUGGCAAUGAAGCUACAUCAGUCAUUUAAAAUUACAAAAUUACAUCAUCAGACUGACAAAGUUAUGUGGAAUUGUAGGUAUUUUAAAGACCAAAAUAAAAAUACUUCAUAUAACUAAUCAUAACAAAGUAACAAAAACAGGAAAAAUAAAUCAAUUAAAUCAAUUCCUUUCAGUAAAUUUCACAACUGCCAAUAUUAGUCUGGUGAAUUAUUAGUUGUUCUUGAUUCAGUGAAGUUAUUCACACUGGGUUGGGUAUCCAGCUAUUUUACUCAAGUAAGAGUAAAAUUUUCAAAAAGUAAAUGUUACUAGUUACUACCAAGCUCUGGUUAAUACUGAUGAAAAUGAAGCUGUAAUUGAAAUAAUCUGUCAGUGGAACGAGACACUUUUCCUGUAUUUUAUUAUAAAUUGUAAUAUGAUAAAAGUAUUUUUUCCACUGUCGGAUUAUUUCACUUAUAACCAGUACUUUUUAUAUAAAUUAAGAAAUUAAGCUCCCAUAUCUUGCUGAAAAGUUCCAUGUAAGUUAGUUUUGUCUUAUUUCAGGUCUACUAAGAUAUUUGCACCAGCAACUGGAUCAAAACUCUUGGUGAGAUUUUGUGUUUUUGCAGUGUUCAUCCUCCAUCCCAUCCUCUCCUCGACCUCAGACAUGAACAGAGACAGAGGAACAUGCAACCCUCAUGAAGCUGUCAUGUGUAACUUGAAGAAGGAAUGACUGAACAGAAGGAAACGUGACUCAGAUCCUCUGGAGAAGAGAAAAAUGAUGCCGACUGUUUUUCUUCUUUUGAUGAAUUUCCCCCCAGAAAAGGGCCAGUUCUGCUUUUGUUUCCCCUCCCUUUGCUUUCCUUUACGAAAGAAGCAACGUCUCAUUAGUUUUGUGGGGGAAGUUUCGAGGGCAGCGGAUGUUUUAAGAUUUAUUUAAUUUCUUUCCCCGCUCUCCUCUCCUGUCCUCCACCUGGAUAUGUUUGGGACUGUUGAACAGGGGGGCGAUGUUGACUGGAAGUUUGAAUUCCCAAAAGCUUUGGGACUUGGUGAAAUACGGAAACCUGCUGCUCUUUAAAGAUAAAAAAAAUACUGAUGGCCUUGAACUGUCUUAGUAUUUCCAAAUCAGCGGAGGCGUGGGGUGAAAACGAAGAGAGGAAACCCCGCCCACUCCGCCUCCUCCAGCAGAGGAGGGAACUGGAAAUCUAACCAACAGAAGACAACAAAUCUUUUAGUGUAUUUAUAGAUAUUCUUUCCUUUGUUUUUUCCACCUUCAGUUUGAUCUAGGUGUCUUAGCUGGGCCCCGUGUAUAGAAUGUAGCAGUAUGCACCUGUUUUUAUUUCUUUUUUUAAUUCCCUUGAUACCAAUAGAGUUAUUUGUUAUUUUUUCUUCUUCAAUGUGAUUGCACAAAGUGGUUAUAAUAACAUAGGCAUGUACAACGUGAUUGUCUGUGUGCUACUGUCAGCCAUGCGUGUGUAGCUCAUCUCCACAGGAUCCUCCUCAAGUCUUUAGAUGUCGAUCGUCGUUCCCUCGUAGUGCCUUACAGAUUUACCGACACAGUUUACUCGGCUCGGGUCCCGAAAGCCGCGAGAGACUACGGCUAAACUUAGCGUGACGCGUUUUCCCCGGUUUCACAUCUUAAUCGGGACACUUGUAGGUUUCUUCCAGGUGUAGGCUCAGCCCUCGCUGCUUCACAACCAUAGCGUCCCGCAGAUGAUGAAGAUUAAUGUCAAAGCAGAAAUCACGCUGAGCUGUUUUCUUUUUUUUUUUAUUAUUGUUGUUAUUGUGUGUGCAUGAGAUAAUUUGCCUGGGGUACUUACCAAAGUCAGAGAUAAAGUCAUGUUACACUUCACUCUGGAAAUUCCUGUAAAUAUAAAAAGAUAGAUAUAGAGUGAAGCUGUAGCUGUUUUCCUUGUUUUCUGCUAAUCACAUGAGAAAACGUGCGUCACGAUUCGGAAGAACAGACAGCUCAGUUGUUUUGAGGUUACAGGAUAAAGUUUGAGACACAAUAGAGUUUUUGGUGCAUCUCAAUGAAUUAGAUUAUAACAAAAAUGUUAAAAAAACCCUAAAAGAAACCUUAUAUUUCAGUAAUUUCUUUUUGUUAAUUUUAAUGAUUAUGGCUUGCAGCAAAUAAAACCCAAAAUUGAAUCUUUUAAAAAACUACAAAGUACCAAAAAAUCAGACUUUUAAGAAAGAAACUUUAUACGUAAUCAUGGAGAAAACUGCUAUGAAUACUCACUACAAAGAGGGUAAAAUAUAGCACAGAAACUUUGCUGUUCCAAGCUUAUUCAUAGAAAACUCAGUGCAAGGAAAAAGUGUGGCCAAUCUAGCACAGUAAUACAACAGUCAUUAAAACAGAUAUUUGUAGUGUAGCCAUGUACACAUCCUGUGUACAUGGCUACACUACAAUAAAACUAGACUAUGAAAAGCUACUGCGACAGACUGGCGACCUGUCCAGGGUGACCCCAUGACCCCGCCUCUCGCCCGGAACGUAGCUGGAGAGGAACCAACAACCCUCCCAACCCCAUUAGGGACAAGGGUGACCAGAAAAUGGAGAAAAUGGAUAUGAAAAGCUAAAAUGUGUAUUCUAUCUUCCUCCAGACUAUGGGAUGUUGAUUUUCAAAUGUAUCUCAAAUUUGCUUUAAAAAUAUAAUCUGAAAAGAUUAUGUUUUUAACUGGUCUUUUUCCUUCCACUCAACUUUCCACCAAUAUUCUUAUUGGCUGACUCUGUCAAUGAGUCAGCCAUCUUUCCUUUGAUUUUGUGAGUUUCUAUUAGUCAUAAUCAUUACACUUUACAGAAAUAAAUCACUAUUUUCUUCAACAAAUGCUAAUUUCUUGAGAUGCACCAGUGUUUUUCAAGGUUAAGAGCUAGUCUGAGAGAAGGGCCUGACAGAAAGUGAUUGUUGCCAUGAGGUAGUUCAACAGACAGAGCACAGAGGGAUGUUUGGAAGAGAAACUGAGCGGGGUGAAGGAAAGGGCUGGUUGGAAGCGUAGGGUCCGUUCAGGAACUGGGGAACUCUCCAUUUUAAAAGGGACUUAAAAUGGUUUCAAGUUGGCAAUGAGCAGGUUGAUAGUUACACUGAGCUGCAGGGGGCGCUGCCUCACCUGGUGGCGGCACUCCUGAGUAUCUGACAUAUUGUUUGUGAGCUCUGAUGAUGCGAGUGCGGCGUUGGCGCCAGCGCUGCAGGAAGAGAGCAGACGGGAAACGGGACGCGCAUGCACCUGGAAGGGGCGCCUUAUGGAUGUUUUCGUCACUGCUGUCCAUUUGUCUUCAAGCCAGGUACACCACGGAUAUCGCCAUGCCAACGGGGCGGGCAUCCCUGAACACUUAGAGAACCAAUAGGGCUGCCGCUUUGUGUGUUUGCUGUUUGAUUUCAUUUAGCCAAUAGUACAAAUAACCAUUUGCCCUAUUGAAUGAACAUGGGCACAUCAGAACCGCUGGUGGUCUAGUUAAAGCCUUCUGCCCUCCUCCUUGGUAUGCCACAGUACUUGCAUUUGAAGUGAUUUUUUUUCUCUUUUUAACUUAUCUUAAUUUUCUUUUACAUGGCUGUAGUACUUGUGUUUAUUUUUUAGAGAUUGUUGCAAUAAUUCUUGUGGACGUUUUAUCAAAAUACGUGUGUGUUUUUACGAAAUGUCGGGCUUAUUUGGGUUUUGUAACCUGGUGUAAAAUGAUGUUUCGUACCGGGUGAAGGUGGGUGCACUUGUCUAAAGUGUUGCAACACUGCAGAGGGUAGAAAAGUGGGCAGGCUGAUGGUAAUCCACUGGGGCGCUUUCAGAAACCUGCUUUUGGGUAAUCCAGCCGCCCUCUGGAGUCGGCUUUCAUCCUGGUACGUUCUGCUCCCCGUUAACGCCUCGGGUCCAGGUACUUGAAGAUGUGAUUACAUGGUAUGUCGCUGGUUACAUCAGGCAUCUCUGUUCUGUUGUUCUCUGUUUCAUCUCCUUCGUUUCCUCUGGGUCGUUCAGGACUGAGCACAUGUGCAUAACUUGGAGGAUUUCUGAAUCAAACUACUGAAACAUUCCACUGUUUUUGAGGGAAUAUCACAACUACUGUCCUCACCCGUCAGCAUGGAGGCACCAAAGACUUUAACGAGAUCGACCAUGCACAGCACAGAACAAGCAAUCCUCCUUGUUAUUGCCAAAAUAUCCAGGCAAUAACUUCAAACGCUUCAUAAAGUGUGGAUUUCACUCUAUGAACGCAUGUGUGUGAGGAUUUAACAUGCAUACAGCACAGGUGUUUCUUUGUGGACCUUUGGCUACGACGCCAUGAUAAAGCAAUUACCCCCUUGUAGAUAUCUUCUUUUUUCUCCACACACUAAAAUAUUUUAAAAGAUAACAUGAACAGCUUUAAAGCUGUCCCAACCAACAUGGCCGCCUAUCAGCCACAUUUUUUUUGGCUCAUUUCACUAUCCAUCUCAUUGUGUAAUUAUUACCAGAAUAAGAAAUUAUUUUAAUAGAACCCAACAGACAGAAGUAGGGAAAAAUAUGUUAAAAUGGUCUCUAAGGGAGAGUUCAAUGUUAAAACCACAAAGGCCCGUCUUAUAUUUACCAAAAACAAAAAAAGUGUUUCUGCUCCACUCCUACUGCAGAUAUUUUAUUUGCACUUGGAAUAGCACAAAAGUAACUUACAAAAAAUAGAAGCAGAUUGUUCCACUUAUGGGAAAAACAUCUUUUUAGUGGGACAAUCUGCCAAUGCAGGCAGUACUUUUUCAUCAGUAUUAAGGAAUUAUUGACUUAAAACAAGCUCCUAUAUCUUGGUGAAAAAUUCUUUGCAAGUUUGUUUUGUGUUAUAUCCAGUGCACUGAGACAUUUGCAGUAGAAACUAGACAGAAAUUACCUGAGAAUAAUUUGUGUUUUUACAGCGUGGAACCAUGACUUCUGUUUCCUAGCAGAAAAGCGUGUUUGUUGGUCCAGUUUAACUAGAUUUAUGAAGUGGGACGAGGAUCCUAAACACAGCAAAUCAACCUGUGAUUGGCUGGAGUGGCCUGGCCAAAGUCCAAACUUAAGUCCAGUUGAGAUGUGGUGGCAGGUCGGUUUCCUGCAUGAUGACUGUUUAAGAGAGACUUCAGUGCGUUGGAAGUGGGAGGGGGCUAAUGGUCAAAAGUCGGUAAGAAAGUCGCUAUAUUUGAUGCUAGUCGCGUUUUGAAAAAAAGUUGCUGGAGGCGCAGCGACAAAGUUGAUAAGGUAGCAACAGAGUUUCUUCUGUCGAGACCACACCCCUCCACUCAUACCCACUCUUGGCCACGCCCCUCUGCGUACCUUAGCUCCACCUGCUUUGGUGGAAUUUUUCCAAAAUCUUCAGGGGUCGGGGUUAACCUUUCACAGGGGAGGUAGUCACAUUUAAACAGAACUUUCACUCACAAAUACCCUCCAAUUUGGCUCAAAUAAUUUCAUUUUCAUUUUUUUUCAAAUAAUCUCAUUUCAAAUCAUCUUUUGAAAACUUCUGUUUGUUUUUAUUCAUGUUAUCUUUGAUAAUAAGAUAUUUCUGAUAAUCUGAAACAUUAAAAACAAAAACAGAAUAAAAGGGGUAAAUACUUUUUCACAGCGCCGUAUCAAAACAUCGUUUUUCUGUUUUUAUUUUGAAUUCUUCCACACUUUUUAUCCAUUUAAAUGAAACCAGAUAUGAAUGAUCAUGCCCUUUCUCUCAUUGUUUUCUAUUUUUAAUGCGUUAGCUUUAUUGCUGUUGUAGGAAAGCUGAUUUUAAAAGGUUUCAGAGUAGACCUGCAAAAAUGAAUAACCCAAAUUGUAUGAAGCAUACCUUUAAAGGUCAUCUGCACAAAAUGAAU